CUGGCGGUGAUUGGCAGCGGAAGAGUUUUCCGUCGCAGUGUUCUUUUUUGUUCGCUGAGAUUACUUUUCUUUUUUGAGAUAUAAAGAGAAAAAGGAAGACUCAGAAAUGGUAGGAGCAGGAGAUGGAAGAGGAUAUAAGAAGAUAAUUGUUGGAGUUUGCGUCAUGGAAAAGAAGGUGAAAUGCGGAAGCGAGGCUUUUUCAGCUCCAAUGAGACAGAUUUUGGACAGGAUUAAGGCUUUUGGUGAAUUUGAGAUUCUCCAUUUCGGUGAUAGGGUUAUUCUUGAAGAUCCGAUAGAAAGCUGGCCAAUCUGUGAUUGUUUAAUUGCAUUCUACUCCUCUGGAUUUCCCCUCAAGAAGGCUGAAGAAUAUGCUGCUUUAAGGAAACCUUUCCUUGUGAAUGAGUUGGAGCCACAACACCUUCUUCAUGAUCGACGGAAGGUAUACGAGCGACUUGAAAUGUUUGGUAUCUCUGUUCCAAGAUAUGCCCUUGUAAAUAGAGAAGAAACAUACCAAGAGCUGGAUUACUUUAUUGAAGAUGAAGAUUAUGUUGAGGUCCAUGGAAAUCGUUUCUGGAAGCCAUUUGUGGAAAAGCCUGUUGAUGGGGAUGAUCAUAGUAUAAUGAUUUAUUACCCUAGCUCAGCGGGUGGAGGCAUGAAGGAAUUGUUUAGGAAGGUUGGAAACAGAUCAAGUGAGUUCCAUCCUGAAGUUAGAAGAGUAAGACGUGAAGGUUCUUAUAUAUAUGAGGAGUUUAUGCCAACUGGAGGAACAGAUGUCAAGGUCUAUACUGUUGGUCCUGAAUAUGCACAUGCUGAGGCUAGGAAGUCUCCUGUUGUUGAUGGUGUUGUCAUGAGAAAUCCUGAUGGCAAAGAAAUCAGAUAUCCUGUGUUGCUGACACCUAAUGAGAAGCAAAUGGCUAGGGAAGUUUGCAUUGCAUUUAGGCAAGCGGUGUGUGGAUUUGAUCUUUUGCGUUCUGAGGGGCGGUCAUAUGCUUGUGAUGUGAAUGGAUGGAGUUUUGUGAAAAAUUCACACAAGUAUUAUGAUGAUGCUGCUUGUGUGUUGAGGAAGAUGUUUUUAGAUGCAAAAGCACCUCAUCUUUCUUCGGUAAUACCACCAACAUUACCAUGGAAAGUAAAUGAGCCUGUCCAGCCUUCUGAAAGACUUACACGCCAAGGAAGUGGAGUCAUUGGUUCAUCCGGGCAGUCUGAGGAGCUACGUUGUGUUAUAGUUGUUAUUCGACAUGGUGAUAGAACUCCCAAGCAGAAGGUGAAAUUGAAGGUUACUGAGGAAAAUCUUCUAAACUUGAUGCUAAAGUACAAUGGGGGACGACCCAGAUCUGAGACAAAACUUAAAAGUGCUGUUGAACUGCAAGAUUUAUUAGAUGCCACAAGGAUGCUUGUACCCAGACCAGGUGUUGGAAGUGAUAAUGAAGCUGAAGAUCUUGAGCAUGCUGAAAAGCUUCGUCAAGUUAAGGCAGUACUUGAGGAGGGGGGACAUUUUUCUGGUAUUUACAGAAAGGUUCAAUUAAAGCCCCUUAAGUGGGUUAAAGUUCAAAAAAGUAAUGGUGAAGGUGAAGAAGAACGGCCUGUUGAAGCUCUGAUGGUUCUUAAAUAUGGGGGUGUGCUUACCCAUGCUGGGAGGAAGCAGGCAGAAGAACUGGGUAGAUAUUUCCGAAAUAAUAUGUAUCCAGGUGAAGGUACUGGCCUGCUUCGCCUUCAUAGUACAUAUCGUCAUGAUCUGAAAAUUUACAGUUCUGAUGAGGGCCGUGUGCAGAUGUCUGCAGCUGCUUUUGCUAAAGGCCUACUUGACCUUGAAGGGCAGCUAACGCCAAUCCUGGUCUCCCUUGUUAGCAAGGACUCCUCUAUGUUGGACGGACUUGAGAAUGUGAGCAUUGAGAUGGAAAAAGCGAAGACUAGACUGAAUGAAAUUAUAACUUCAGGUGCAAGGACAAUUCCUAGUAAUGGAACAUCUGAGUGUCCUUGGAUGGUUGAUGGAGCUGGAUUGCCUUCUAAUGCUUCUGAGCUCCUUCCCAAACUGGUAACUUUGACUAAGAAGGUUACCGAACAAGUCAGAGUACUUGCCAAGCAUGAAGAUGAGAAUCUUGCUGAGACAAGCCCGUAUGAUGUGAUUCUCCCAUAUGACCAAGCAAAGGCACUUGGUAAGACAAAUAUUGACAUUGAUCGUAUUGCUGCUGGAUUGCCUUGUGGUAGUGAGGGGUUCCUUUUGAUGUUUGCUCGGUGGAAAAAACUUGAAAGAGAUUUGUAUAAUGAACGUAAAGAUCGUUUUGAUAUAACUCAAAUUCCUGAUGUUUAUGACUCUUGCAAAUAUGAUCUUCUGCAUAAUGCGCAUCUUAAUCUAGAAGAUUUGGAUGAACUCUUCAAAGUUGCCCAGCUUCUUGCAGAUGGUGUCAUCCCUAAUGAAUAUGGGAUUAAUCCAAAGCAGAAGCUAAAAAUUGGUUCAAAGAUUGCACGCCGCUUGUUGGGCAAAAUUUUGAUUGAUCUGAGGAAUACUCGUGAAGAAGCCCUUCACGUUGCUGUCGUAAAGGGUAAUCAAGACAACUGUUCAAACUCAACCAAAACUGCAAAGGCUAAUAAAGUUUUUCCACCAAACAUUUCCAUCAAGACUGAUGACAUAAGAAGAUCUAAUACCACAAGUGAAAUGUCAAUAGAUCAAGAUGAUGAUGAUGAUAAAGAGACCAAAUACCGUUUGGACCCAAAGUAUGCAAAUGUCAUGACACCUGAGCGCCACGUGCGAACACGCCUUUACUUCACAUCAGAAUCGCAUAUUCAUUCCCUCAUGAAUGUAAUUCGGUACUGUAACCUAGAUGAAUCUCUUCAGGGAGAAGCUGGUCUAGUUUGCCAGAGCGCUUUGGAGAGUUUGUAUAAAACGAAGGAGCUUGACUAUAUGAGUCACAUUGUGAUAAGAAUGUUUGAAAACACAGAGGUAGCUUUAGAAGAGCCACGACGGUUCCGCAUUGAGUUGACAUUUAGCCAUGGUGCAGAUUCAUCCCCAUUGGAGAGUAACGAUGGCAAGGUUGCUUCACUGAACCAGGAGCAUACGCUGCCGAUAAUGGGUCCAGAAAGGCUGCAAGAUGUUGCAUCCUAUCUCACAUUAGAGAAAAUGGAAAAGAUGAUUAGGCCGUUUGCAAUGCCGGCAGAAGACUUUCCUCCUCCAUCUACUCCGGCCGGGUUUUCUGGGUACUUUUUGAGAAGCGCCCUGGUGCUUGAGCGUCUGGUAAAUCUUUGGCCUUUCCAUAAGAAUGCUCAUACCAAUGGAAAGUAACAACUAAGAUAUUAGUUCUCCAUUUCCCUCCUUUUAACUUGUUUUCCCCAUUCUUUUUGGUUUUCUGUUCAAUUUCCCCGUUCUUUUUGUUUUACCAUUGAUGCAUCUUUCUUUUCAUUUUUUUACCUCUGGUUAAAAUAACGGCCAAGAGAGGUCUUAAGCACUUUGCUCGAGUAAAUACUUUCCCCCCCUAGACUUUCAGCAAAAAGAAUGUUGUUGGAAGAAUUUUGGAAAUUGUAUAACUUUUCUCUCAUUAAUGCAAUUUUCUUAUUUGAUCAAAGAAAAA